AAAAGGCUCAUGAAUUUGUUUGGAAGGAUUAAGCUUCAGCAUAUAUAUAUAGAGAGAGGAAUGCUGUAGCUGAUUGUUUGGCUACUUGGGGUCACAACUUGGAUCCGGGCUUCUGCUUGAGGGGAGUCCUGCCUGGCCUGGGCUCUGUUGCUUGAUGUUUCGUUGGGGUUUGGUGUCUGCGGGUUUUCCCCCUUUCUUCAUAAAAGAAAAACGUAUGGAAUCUCUUAGCGCUUGUUGAAGGGCCUUAAUCUUGAUCAGUUCGUGCUCUUCGUCAUGGAACUGUGAGGAAGCAUCAUAAGGGAUAUGAGGAGGUCAUUCCCCCAACACCAACAGCACAAAUGAAAACCUGGGAAAAGCUGAUUGAGAUAACGGAGUUAGAUGAAUUCGCUGAAGCUGCUUUUCGUGGUUAUAAUUCUCUGAACCGUAUUCAGAGCCGCAUAUUUCAUACUAUUUAUUACACUAAUGGAAAUAUACUAGUUUGUGCUCCAACAGGAGCUUGCAAAACAAACAUAGCUAUGAUUUCUAUUCUACAUGAGAUUGCACAGCACUUCAAAGACGGUUACUUGCAUAAAGAUGAAUUUAAGAUAGUUUAUGUUGCACCAAUGAAGGCAUUAGCUGCAGAAGUUACAUCAACUUUUAGCCAUCGCUUAUCUCCAUUGAAUAUAACUGUGAGAGAACUUACUGGAGACAUGCAACUUUAUAAGAAUGAACUUGAAGAAACUCAGGUCACUUUUAUCAAAUUCUGUGUGCUCUGUGUGCUUUUAACUGGUACCCAAAAGAGGAAAAUGAAAACGUUAAUGGCUUCACUUUCUUCUUAUUCAGAUGAUAGUCGCAACACCUGA